UAGGAAAAAAAAUUACCAGAAUGUAUGUUUUCUUGAUAUUAACUACCUGGUCACUGCUGGUAGGAGCAGUUGAUAUCACAUCAAAAAACUUAUCGUUAACGCUUAAUCCUGAAGUUAUUCCAGCCGAAUAUGUUCAAUCGUAUGUAAAAACAGUAAAUUCAUCAAUCGAAUAUGUUUUCCUUUAUCCUGAAAUUGAUAACAAUAGUACAGCAAGGAUAAAUGUUCAAAGUAAUGCAACUUCUGAAAAACCAUUGCUAGUUGUUGUGAAACAAAAAAAAGGCAUAUUAUCGUGGCAAAUACCACUAUUUAUUGAGAGUAAAAAUACUAAUACACAAUGGUACAAUAAAACUAGUCGAACAUUGUGUUCAUUAAAAUAUUAUAAACAACUAAACCAAAUUAAAUUGGAUAACAGUAAUGUCAUAGUCAGUAUUUUUACUAGUAGUGAAUUACCAGUGUUUUUUAAUCUCACUGUUGUUCUGGAAAAUGACUUUUAUCUAGGAUUGGGGGAGACUCGAGAAAUUACCAUUUCUCCAUCUGAACCCCGAUAUUAUGGAUAUAGUUUCUCUAAUCAAGUGGAAAGUGGAUCUGUUUUAAUGAAAAUAGAAUCAGAUUCUGAUACAUGUAUGACUGUUGCGAUACAAAAUACAACGUGUCCAGUUUUUGAUUUAGAAAGAAAUAUUCAAUUUUCUCGAUACUGGCAAACUGUAUCCCAAUUAGGAGGUAUAACAAUCCCUAAAGAAAUUUACCCGAGUGGAUUUUUUGUGGUGCUUGUUUUAAAAGGAGAUGAUACAGACUGUACUGAUCAAACAGGGUCCGUGUUGCGAUCUAAAAUAGUAAAAUUAUCAAUAACACCUAACAUAACGAAAAGAGAAGGUAUAAAAUCAGCAUUGAUUGCUUUUAUUAUUGGUAUCGCUUUUUUCAGUUUUUAUAUAAUUGGCGUUAUAACGCACAAUGUUCGUCUUCGUCGGAGAUUACGUCAACAGCUGACGGAUGAGUUAGAAACUCCCUCACGACCAGAAGAACUUCUUACUCCAGAAAUAGAAGAAGCUGGUCCGCGUUAUGAUGAUACUCUUAACGACGAUUCGUCGUUAGAUGAAGAUGAUAUAGAUAUGUUAGAUGAUGCUUUUUCAGACAAAGAAAUAAUUCGCACAAGAAAAGUGUUAGCUGUUUCUGAUUUAGCUCGAAAAGAUCCUAAAAUUCUUCGACAUAAAUCACGACUUUAUUUGUACUAUUUGGGUACAAUAGCAGUAUUUUAUGCAUUACCUGUCGUACAGUUGGUUGCGACUUAUCAAAAUGUUUUGCAUGUGACGGGCAAUCAAGAUCUUUGUUACUAUAACUUCUUAUGUUCACAUCCAUUUUUUUGGUUUUCCGAUUUUAAUCAUGUUUUUUCAAAUUUUGCAUAUAUCUUAUUGGGUUUAUUGUUUAUUAUUUUGACAUAUGUAAGAGAGCAGAACGAUCGCGAGUAUGAAGAAAAGAAAAAAAGUUAUGGUAUUCCUCAACACUAUGGAUUAUUUUAUGCCAUGGGUACAGCUCUGAUGAUGGAAGGAUUACUAUCAGCUUGUUAUCACGUUUGCCCAAAUCACAGUAAUUUUCAAUUUGAUACAAGUUUUAUGUAUAUCAUUUCUGUACUAUGUAUGGUAAAAAUUUAUCAAACUCGUCAUCCUGAUAUAAAUGCUCGUGCUACAGUAACUUUUGCAGUACUUGCUCUGAUGAUUUUUUUGGGAACUGUUGGGGUUUUAAACGACACGGAUUAUUUCUGGAUUGUUUUUACUCUUUUACAUUUAAUCGUAUGUCUUUCAUUGACUGCCCAAAUUUAUUAUAUGGGUAGAUGGAGAUUGGAUAAAGGUUUAGUUCGACGAGUGAUAAUGACUUUUAGACACGAUGCUCGAGCUGGUGUGAUUCAUCUUUUGCGUCCUAUGUAUGGCGGACGACUGUUAUUACUUGUAAUUGCAAAUUUAUGUAAUGUUGCAAUAGCUGUUCUGGGUAAUAUGCAUCAUGAAAAAGAUUUUGCGACUUUUUUAUUAGCCGUACUCAUGCUUAAUUUACUACUAUACACAUUUUUUUACAUUGUUAUGAAACUGUGUUAUCGAGAAAGAAUUCUACUUCAACCACUAUGUUACAUUAUUUUGUCAUUUAUUACAUGGGGAUUUGCUCUAUAUUUUUUCAUUAACAAAUCAGUCUCUUGGUCAUUAUUACCCGCACAAUCACGACGUUAUAAUAUGCCGUGUAAACUAUUAAAUUUCUUUGAUUUUCAUGACAUAUGGCAUUUUCUUUCUGCUCUUGCAAUGUUCUUUUCAUUUAUGGUGUUACUGACACUUGAUGAUGAUUUAGAAGAUACCCAUAGAAGCCAAAUACCUAUUUUUUGA